GACCUAAAUCCGAGCCCCUCUCUCUCUCUCUCUCUCUCUCUCUCUCUCUCGCUCGCAACCCUAAUCCCCGAUCUCCACGGCAUCGGUAUCUCGAGCACGGCGAAAUCUCCAAUCUCUGUUCACGGAUCGUCCUCAAUUCACGUCCCCCUCGCAAACCCUAGAGCUCUGUGAUCUAUUCUGCGCAGGUAAUAGCAACAGCAAUCGCCGAUGACGAGUAGGGUGUGGAGGUGGUACGCCGAUCGAAAGUUCUACGGGUGGGAAAAAACGGUUCUUUGGGACAUGGUCGAGCCCUAUCGCCGCCCCAAAUCCUUCGCCCCUCUCGUUUCCCUCUACGUCGCCGCGUUCUACACGGGGGUCAUCGGAUCCGCCAUUACCGAGCAACUCUACAAGGAGAAGUACUGGGAAGAACAUCCAGGUGAAGCAGUGCCUAUCAUGAGGCCAAAGUUCUAUUGGGGCCCCUGGAGGGUUUAUCAUGGAGAUGUCCUCCCUCCAAACAAGUAGAUGGUUCUGGAAAUGUCCAACUUAGUGAAGACUUCUCGAGAUGAGGCAUAUACUGGCUCUUGCUAGUUGGAAAAAUAACUUUGCCAACUUGCUAUUCUUACAAAGCUAAAGAAGCCCUCAGCUGUUCAUUCGCUAUCGGAAUUCCCUGUUGAUAAUUCAGUGAACACAAUGUUUGUUUGUUUUCUGAGCGAUGAGCAAGUAUGAUUCUUGUCCCUGGUUGCUUGUAUAGUCGGUGGGGAUGUUUCCAUCGACAGGUGGUCUCAACUUCGAAUACAUUAUAACUCUUCUGAAUAUUAGCUCGAAGAGUGUUACAUUGUGAUCACUUGUUGUAGCCCUUGGAGCCGUCGACAUGAGAAGAAAGUAUUGCUUUGUAUGUUAAUGUAUGUGACUUGAGAGAGCCAAGUGAUGUUAACUAGUUGUGGUACCUACUAGGAAAUUGAUUGCAUAGUUGUUGUUCAUGCCUA